GGAAGUAGACUAAACCACCAAAGAUUCCCGCAGAUUCGAUAUCGAUGAUUGUCCCAAUGUUACAAACGUGUCCACACUGACCUAAACAUUUGUUUCAAUACUUUUUUGUGGGAUAUUUGAGACGAUAAUGCUGGAUGGUUGCACUCAUGAAAUUCACCAGAGAUAUAUGCAGGCUGUUGGGACUCGGGAGCGGCCCCCCUGUGCAGCAGCAGGCGGAGCAGAUGGAUUGUGGUGCCGCAACCCCUGACCCAAGCGAUGAUACCAUUUUGUCACAGGAUGCAUUAAAUGGAGAGGAAGAUCUGAGUGAGGAGGAGAAGGGCAGACUGAGGGCAGAGCGACGCAAAGCCAAGCGGAAGCGCCGUCGAAAACGUAAGAAGCAGGAGCAGGUUAAGCAAAAUGAGAGUGCUGAACGGGAUGAGGAAGACGAGGAUGAGGGUGCAGAAUCUGACCUGGAUGAGAGUGAGUCAGAUGCAGAAGUUGGUGCUGAAGAGGAGAAACAAGAAAUGCAAAAAGAGGAGAAAAACGAGGCAAAGUCAGCUGCCUCACAGAAGUACGUUGCCACUCCAGUCAUGGCUCCUUCGGGAAUAAAAGAACAUCAGAAGACACAAGGCAGAUCCGCUGAAGAGGAGCCAGAGUGGGAUGUGAGCAGUGCCUUCGUUGCUAAUGCUGCUAGCCAUAUCAAACCCAAAGGAUCAAGUCGCAAGUCCAAAGAAAACAAGGAGAACGAGACAAAUGGAACUGACACCAUGACCAAGAAAAGUGCGUCGCUGACAGCAGAAAAAGGCAUAAAGCUGGUGCAGGAGGGGCAGUACGCACAAGCUGUCAGUAUGUUUACAGAAGCCAUCAAAUGUGAUCCAAAGGAUUACAGGUUCUUUGGGAAUCGUUCCUAUUGCUAUUACUGCUUGGAGCAGUACCCUCAGGCCCUGGCAGAUGCUGAACGCUCCAUUCAGAUGGCCCCAGACUGGCCCAAGGGAUACUUCCGCAAGGGCAGUGCUCUUAUGGGCAUGAAGCGGUACAGUGAGGCAGAGAAGGCCAUGGAGCAGGUGCUGAAACUCGACAAAGACUGUGAGGAGGCUGUCAAUGACCUCUUUAACUGCAAAGUGCUGCAGUUAAUGGAGCUUGGUUUUGAAGAAAUGCAAAGUGUUUUACUGCUGGAGAAAUGUUCAACUGUGCAGGCUGUUCUGGCCUCUUGUUCUGAUGCUGCCAGGGCUGGGAGCCAAGACCCGACAGUUGUGCAACCAGGAAGCCCUUGCCCAUCUCUGUGGGUGGGAAAUGUGACCACUGAGCUAACUGAGAAACAACUGUGGGACCUUUUUAAAAUGUACGGUGAGAUCGAGAGUAUUCGGGUUCUGCAUGAGAGAUUCUGUGCCUUUGUCAACUUCAAGAAUGCAAACAUGGCAGCUUGUGCCAUGGAGAAACUAAAUGGUUUUUGUAUUGAGAACACACGUUUAGUGGUACGCUACCCUGACCGCCGCACUCAGAGGAUCCUACCCAUCCCACUAAAAACCUGUCUCCCUGUCACACAGCAGGCAGGGGCAGCUGCUGGACCUCGACGACGUGGCCCAGUGAACGAAGAUGAGUGUUACUUCUGGAGAACCACCGGCUGUCAUUUUGGGGACAAAUGUCGCUACAAACACAUUCCUGAUCAGAAAGGCAAGGACAGGAAGCCCUGGCAGCCUUGAACUCAGUUUAGUCUCUGCCUCAGUAGUGUGCAGGAAACUGGGAUGCACAGACUGAGCCUAAGGAGGCGGUACUUACUGAACCAGGUUCUCUGGGCUAAAAAUAUUUACUGUAGCAGACUGGACCAGAAUAGUGAAAGGAUCAGAGCCAGCAUUCAGGCUCUAAGGCGGGUUAGUCACACAUGUGCCACAAAUGACUGGAAUUAUGAAGGUUUUUAUUUCAUCUCAAGACUGUUCUCGGCAAUAUUGCUCAAUAGUACACCAUUAACCAGAGGGGAGCAACACAAUGACCUUGUGUAGUCUUUGCUUGGAAUUAAAACCUUCACAUUAGCAGCCCUUCAUGGCACAUGGCUAUUCCAGUUUUAAGGGAUGCAACCUAACCUCACAGGCAUACAACAUAAAGAGGAAGUGAAACUGCCUUGGUCGACUAUGGGGGGGAAAAGUAAUGGCUCUGUCAUGUAUAGCAGUAAUGAAAGAACUCGGUAUGGAUUUUUCAGGCCGAGGUUCUUUGGUGAUGAUCCUGGGACCUUCCUGCCCUAGAAUCACAAAUCAGUGUUCCUCCCUAUUUUUAAAGUACAGUAACUCGACCAAUACUUUAAUUUGCAGUUUGUAAUGCUGAUUUUUAACAGUUUAGGUUUAUCCAUGGUCCACAACAGUUCACAUCGGUCUGCGGUUCAGUCUGGGGCUCCAUUUCCCUCUUGUUGUUCCUGUACCAAUAUCAGCACAUUGUAGGUCAGACCAAAGACUUAUAAACAGAAGUAGCCUACUUGACAUUUCAGUACCACCGCUAUGCAGGUUCCUUUAGCCAAUAAGCUACAGAGACCCAGAGAGAUGCCCUUUACACUGUGCUAGGUUUCCUUAGUUAAGAGGACCAUGUAUGGGUAAAUGGACAUAAGAGCCCCACAUUUGUCUUGAGGGAUUUCAAAUUGUAUCUAUUAAUGCAUAGAUUAGGUGUAUAUUUCACUUUAUCUAUUGGCAACCCUUUUGUUGAAAGAUUGAAUACACACACUGAGCAUGCCCGUUCAGAUGUCGUGACAUGUUAUGGAGGACUCGUUGUCCUUCAUAACCAUACUUGUAUGGCGUGGAAGAAGUAAUAGUAACGCCUGACCACUUUAUGCCUAUGCAAAAGAAAAGUGCCGACUUGAGUGUCACGCGCACCUUCUUAAUGUCUGUGACAUGGCAAUGUCAUUGAUAAAGUAGUUCAUACUACAAGACAGUGCCCUUCAACAAAUAAUGUGUAGUCAUGUGUAACCUGAUCCACUCGCAGAACUUUUGAACAGUGUUUUUGACCUUAGGGCCUCCAUUUCAGUAUUUCAGUGAACCAAAGAAUGCUUCAUCUGAUGCCACUGCAGUCAGUUCUUUCAUAAGCUUCAACACUAGACAGUGCAUUAAAAAGCCAUUAGCAUGUGUAUCAUCCGCUAGAUAACAAUUACUGCUACAACAUCUGGUUUAAGUCAACACUACGUUCAUUGGUAAACUAUGCACAGCAUAGUGAGAGUAUUUAUUUCCCUAUUUAUACAGAAGGUUUUUGUUUCCAUUUCUUUUUUUACAACAGAACUUGGGAGCUGAAUACAGCUUUUCAUUUACUAGCCUUUUAAUAUUUCUAUAAGUCAGCGCUUGCGUUUCAUUCUGGCUUUAAGAAGCAAGCAUUAUUAAGAACCAUUUUGGGCCAACGUGGUCACAUGCUGGCUGCACUUCUGCUUUUCUUAUUAAAACCUGUGAAAAAGGAAUUGGACAACAAACCUUAAGACUGCACUUGUUGAUUUAACAAACUUGCUUGUUUCUUUUGUGACUGGUGCUGUUAACUAUGGUUGUGCAGUGCAUUUAUUUUGCAGAUUAAUAAAAUGCAUUGGAUGUUACCAUAGCAUAUUUUGAUUUCAUCUUAUGGAUAUUUCAAAAUUGGACAAAAGAUUUCCCUGCGUUUUAAUUUGCUAUUUGGUAUUAUUUUAGUCUUUUUACCUUGUUUCAAACUAUUUCAGGAAAAAUGCAUUUUUAAUUAUGAUGUACACAUUGAUAACCAGAGCACUGCAAUCCUGUUAAUCUUCCAAAUAUUUUGUAUUAUCGUUACUGCACUGCAAAAAAAGAGUCUUUUAUAUUUAAUAAAUGUAUUUGAACCACCUA